GAUAUCAUGAGCCAGAUCGAAUCGACCGUCAACUCUCAGUUGCCUCAUCUUAGUCUGGACCCAGCACAAACGCCCCAGCCCAUGGAUUUGCUAGACAUGCUUCCAAACAGUUUCCGUUCGAGCCGCUUUGAAUUGGGACCCAUCCUUGAGCAUUGGCGCGCUCGGCGAUUGAAGCGUGAGGGAAAAUCAAUUAUACCCAUUGUACAAUAUGAAGAUAUCCCUAAAAAUGAGAUCGACCCUUACGUUUGCUUUCGUCGUCGCGAAAUUAAGCCGGUGCGCAAAACUAGACGAACAGACCAACAGUCUUUUGAGCGACUGCGAAAGCUACGCAUGGAAAUGGAAAAGGCUCGUGGUCUGCUGGAAAUGGUGCUGCGCCGCGAAAAGAUUCGCAGAGAGAGUCUUUUUCAAGAGCAUGCUGUGUUUGAGAAACGUUGCGAAAUCCGAGAGUACCAGCGCUUGCUUGGCAUCAAGGAUGAAGAAGCCCUUAUGCCUGCAACAAAGAAGAAACGAAAGACCGCAAUGGAUACAGGAUCAUCAACAACGAUCAAAAUACCCCUCAGCCGCCUUCGACGAGAUGCUGCAGAUAAUACCGAUCGCCAUGAUAAAACGCCGGCACAACUUGCUAUGGAGGCCGAACUUGCCAAAAAAAGGGAAGCAGAUGCACCCUACGAAGAUGUCACAGAAUGUCCAUACCAGCCCUUCCCUCUCGAGUUGCCGAUGCAGUUCUUCCAAACAUUCUCCAGUCCAAACACUGUUAACGACGUUGCCGCUGCUACUGCUGCCCCUCGGUUUCGAAAACGCAUUGGUCGUGGUGGCCGAGUUUUUAUCGAUCGUGUUGGCUACCGUGGACCCUCGCAAAGUCGAGAUCCGUUCCAGUUUGACCCCGACUACGAAGAGAUGGAAGAAGUGGAAACGCUGGAUGAAAUGGAUGAUAGGUUUUUGCGCCACCGUGUCCAACUGCUCUCAGUGGAUCAGCUCCGAAAUUUCGUAGACUUACCCAGUCUAUUGCAAGGAACAAGAAACACCCAGCGCCAGGGCCCUCCUACAACCACCAGUAAUACCAACGGCUCUGUUGCUGCUGCUGCUGCUGCUGCAAACGUUGCUUCACAACCCAAAAAUGUCGAAGCAGGUGUUUCCUUUGGUCCCACCACGGGUGCGGGUGUCGGGGCGGCUCCAGUGAAAAGACAGAAUAGUCGACAACGCUUGACUCCUCAACAGGCUUCGGUAGCAAUGGCCAAUGGAAUGAUUGCAGCCAACUUGUCUGCACACGUCAAUGGCACAAUGUCAAACAGGGCGCCUUUACGUCAACAACCACAACAGCAGCGGGCGCUUCCGAUUUCGUCGAAUGGUUCGCCAUUACAACAGCCGACACCACCACCACAGAAACCUACUUCAUCUCCUUCACCACAGUUAUCUCCACAACGGCCUGACUUGCAACAGCAGCAGCAGCAGCAAGCGCAACCACAACGAUAUACAGCCACCGCUCACGUUUCCUAACAAGAUGCUCUCCACAAGAGGCGUCUCGAUGUAAAUAUUCAGUAGUAUUAUUUAGUGGACACAUCGUCAACAAACACUGCUUUUUACUUUCAUCAUUUGUGUAUACAACAAACCAAUCAGAAAUAUAAAAGCACGCACAUACUAUACAUACCCCCCCCCACCUCCCUCCCCUUUCUUCCUUCACACAGCACAUCAACCAUUCUUAUGACUAUCCCUCAAGCAUCCCAUAUAUAAACAUUGCAACCACAAGUAAUAAAAGCACCACGAAAAAAC